AUGUCGACACUUCGAAUCUGUGUGGAUGAUAUGGCCACGAAAGCCGCCAUGAACUCAUUGUCUCAAGCUGGGCUUUGGCCGGAGGUGCUUCAGAUGUUCAGCAGGUUAGAUAGCAUUGACCGAAUUAGUUUUUCCAGUUGCAAAACUGCAUGUGCCAAAAGCGUCAGCUGGGCAAUGCCUUUGGCCCUAGUGGAUAGUGCAUUAUUUCUGCAGGUGUCUUUGGAUAUCAUUGACUUCAGCACUGCAAUUUCCGCAUGCGAAAAGACAGGAAAGUGGGCCAGCUCUAUUGCCCUGCUUGGCGAUGCUGUGCGGUGCAAACUGCAGACUGACGCUCUUUGCUGGGAAGAGUCGAUGCCAUCUUCAUGGCAGCUGGUCCUUUUCCUCAGAUCCGAGUUGGAUCGCAUCUGUCUGCCGGCACGGAUAAGUUCGUGCAAUCGUGGCAUCACCGCAUGCCAACGAGGUAAUCAAUGGCAGGUUGCACGGUGUCUUCUGCAUUCACUUCACGAUAGUCUACGACGAGAUGUCGUUAGCUACAAUUCGGCAGUCGGAGCUUUCCGCAUCUCGUCUCAGUGGCAGCCCGCCCUCGUCACGUAUGAAGCAAUGGCUGAAGAUGCCGUGGUGCCAGAUUCCGCAUCCAAGAGGAUUGUGGCCAGUUCAGUUGGAAGAUGCUCAUCCUGGCCCCAUGCGCUCUUUCUGGCGACCAGGCCUGAGCAAAGCUCAAUUGCAACCGAUCUGCAUUCCAUCACUGCCAGUUUGAACUGGGAGAAGGCUUCUGCCUCCUACGAUUUAAUGGUCCAACAAGGUGUCUCAUGCAGCCAGUUGCGGUGUCAUUCUUUGGUAUCAUCGUGUGCGACCGCAGCACUCUGGAGGGAGGCAGCUUCUGUCUACGAAAGCGCCGUGGUCGGGACCCUGCAGCCAGACGCCGAGUUUUGUGAGACCCUCAUCUCCGGUCGUACAGACCAAUGCUGGCAGCUCGCUGUAAAUUGCAUGAGCGACCGUCUGAAGUCUGGCAAGUCUCGGACCACAUUCUGGUAUCGGUAUAUCCAAGCCUCCGCCAGCAAAGUAGGUUGGUCCGCUCUUUUGAUUGUGCUCGCUCGGUUUCGUGAAGCUUACGGAGAGCCUGAUCUGAAAAUCAAUGGCAUGCUCUGCGAAUCAUUCAGGCAAGCUGGAUGGCGCAAGGUCAUGGCCUUGCUUCGCCACGUUGGAUCAAAACAGGUCACGUCAGAUUCAUUUCUAUACAGCAGUGCCAUGAGUUCUUGUCGAUCACAAGGGAAGUGGCUGCUGGCAGGGGCAUUGCUGGAUCACUGUGCGAGGACUGUCCAGUGUGACACAGUCGUGUGGAACACAUACAUAGCAAACAAAGGCCUCAUCUGGCCUGCAGCUUUGAAUGCUGUGGGUAGUAUGAUUUCUGCUGGCUUCGAAGCGGAUGUGGUUUCAUACAACUCGAUGAUGGCCACUUACAGCGACCAUUGGCAGCGAGCUGCGGCCUGCUACGAGCACAUGGAACUGCUGAAUCUGGAACUUGAUGUUGCUUUUCCAACAGCGAUUGAUUCUUGCAAGCACGCCGGCCGGGAGGAGAUUGGGAAGCGCAUAGUGAUUGGUGCCAGGCAUGUUUCGUGCAUCCUGCGAUUCUGGGCAAUGGCGGAGAUGGUCAUGCUAACAGACUUGAAAUCCUGCUUUGUAGAAGUGUUGCAGCAAGUCAACACACAGAAGAUGACAACUGCAGAAGUCUCCAAACUGUGGUGGACCGCUGCUUCGCUUGGCCUCCACCACCCCACCCUGCUCACACAUUUGGAACAUAAUGGUGCCCGCUUGUUGAGGCAAUUCACACUUGAAGAGAUGGUCGCAGUUGCCAUGGGGGCCUGCACCACCGAUGCUGCAACGCACUUCCUCUGCGCUCUUCGAAAGGAAGUUCGUAGGCGGGCGGCCGCCAUUGAGCGACAAGAAGGGACUGGCCGACAAGAAGUUUUACAGCAAUUUGUUGGCAUGCUAUGGGCCCUGAAUUUUGCAGUCCCUAUCAGUAAGCGUGAUUUCACCAGCUUUAGGCAAUUCUUCAAUCGGCUUGCGAUUUUCUUGGACGAAGUCAGCUCGCCAGAGAGGCAGGAGGCUCGAUUCGCAGAGCAAGUUCAGUCGUGGACCGCUGUCAGCCGCUCGCUCAAGUCUCCCCUUGUCCUUCUGACGCCACCAGACUGCGUAGUUACUGCGAAACCGGCUGGUUGGGAGGUAUAUGGUGACACGAAGCUGCAAAUGCUGCCGUAUGUUCAGACGGUGCUGGGAAAGAUGCCAAUCCAUGAGGACCGAGAUCACGCCUUCGGAUUUCUGCACCGCUUGGACAUUCCCAGUUCAGGUUUGAUUUUGUCGGCAGCAACAUAUGCAGCCUUCUACGAUUUACAGCUUCAGCUGGUAUGCGGCCGCCUUCUGCGAGACUAUGUUGUCUUGUGCCACGGGCAUGUGCCACACGUUCGAAACGAGAUUCAAGCACGGCUGAAGCUCACAGACGUGGCGCAUGCUGGUGCUCAGGGCAAGGCUUCUCGCACCUUGGUAAAGAUGGCUGCGAGAGCGACAGGUAAUGCAGGUGCAUCACACAGCCUUGUUCUGGUGCGCAUACUGACAGGGCGGCUACAUCAAAUUCGAAGUCAUUUUGCUUUCUUUGGACAUCCGACUGUGUCAGACAGCAGGUAUACAAGCGCUGCAACUUUUGGUUCCGACCUCGCGAGUUGCCCACGCAACUUCGUGCAUCGAUACCAUCUUGCUUUUGAGGAUCGUACGAGCACUGGUUAUCAGAGUUUUAUGCCCAUUCCUUCUGAUCUGUGUGGCUGCCUCAAAUCGUUGGCAGCAUGUGACGAAUUGUCAAGCAAGCGGCUGAAGUCAUGGGUGCUGGGACGAGAGCUCAACUGGGAAGAAUUCCCACCGCUAGGUCCGCGGCUAUGA